GAUUGGUCAGUAGGUUUCUGUUUGAUUUUGAAAGGCGGACGCCGAUUGGCUGACGCAGUUUAAAACUCGGGGCGCGAUCGGUUUCCAUUAACAGGCGGUUAGCUAGAUAUUAAAGCUAUUCGGAUCUACUCAAAUUGGAUCGACAGUAAAAUCUCGCAGACGAGCCCAUCACUGGCACACAUGGCCUCCCAGAACAUGGACCCUGCAGCAGCUGGAGCCUCAGCAGCUGCUCUGAAGGGCAGCGAGAGCGGGAACAACAUGACCAAAGGCUCGGUGUCCAAGCGGCUGCAGCAGGAGCUGAUGACUCUCAUGAUGUCGGGGGAUAAAGGCAUUUCAGCAUUUCCAGAGUCGGACAAUCUCUUCAAAUGGGUUGGAACCAUCGAUGGAGCUCAGGGGACGGUGUACGAGGGCCUCCGAUACCGGCUAUCUCUGGACUUUCCUGCUGGCUACCCCUACCAGGCUCCUCGUGUGAGAUUCGUCACGCCUUGUUUCCACCCCAACGUGGACGAUCAGGGUUUCAUCUGUCUCGACAUCCUGAAGGAUAAGUGGUCGGCGCUGUACGACGUGCGCUCCAUUCUGUUGUCCAUACAGAGCCUGCUUGGAGAACCAAACAACGAGAGUCCCCUGAACACGACAGCAGCAGAAAUGUGGGAAAACCAAGAUGCUUACAAAUCACAUCUUCAUGCCACUUUUCAAAAGUAAAGCUCCCUCAUCAUUUCUUCCUUUGUCUGUCUGUCUGUUUGUAUAAUAUUUUUAUGUUUAAUGUGUAUCUUUGCCAUCUCAAUAAAGUUCUUAAAUCAACUUUAA